AUGGUUCUUCGGAGCUCAAGCACAUUACGUGCCACUGCUCGCCAGUUUUGCACAGGAAUAUCACGUCGCCACAAAGCGAGUAGCGGUACAAGCGUUGACGAUCUACCCGUUCCUUUGCAAGCUACAUGGUCUGUUGGAGAAUUACUCUCUACUUACCCCGCGCCCGAGCUUUCUGAUGAGACAUUCGCACGCCUACACCGAUUAUCUGCCCUGAAUGCACCCGGUUCCACGUCGUCGGAUAAAAAUACCAUGAAGUUGGAGCUACAGGAGCUGCUGCGGCUCGUUGAGGCUGUUAAAUUGGUUGAUACUUCGUCACUGGAUGGUGUCAAUCAACAAGAACUUUUGGAUAGCCGAAUCUGGGCUGAGGGACAAGGCAUAGAUUUUGAUGCACCCGCGGCAAAUCAUCUUAGUGAAGUGCACGGUGAUGACCUCCUCAAACAUGCCAAAACGCACGUCGAUGGGCAGUAUAUGGUUGAGACGGCGGCUCGAGUGGCUAGGGGCGCUAAGGGGAGGUGA